CUCUGCCCCUUAAAGUCUGGGGCCACUGUGGCCAGGAGGUGUUGCUUAUUAUAGAGCGCUCUUGGGUCCUGAGUGAAGUCAGUGGAAAAGUGGAAGCAGAGAAGGAAGAGAGAAGGAUGACUAGACCUCAGCUGCGGCCAGCUGGGCUCCGAAGACUUCUCCUGCUGUGGCUGCUGGUGCUGCCGGUGCCUGUACCCAAGUCCGAGGCUAGGAAGUCCAGGGCCUCACUGCCCUGCCCUGUGGCCUGCGAACCAACCCGCUGCCCGCCGCUGCCCACCUGCUCGGCUGAGAUGACGCCGGUGCUCGACCGAUGCCGCUGCUGCCGCGUCUGCCCAGCGGCCGAGGGCGAAGCCUGCGGCGGGGCGCGUGGCCUGCCGUGCGCCCAGGGCUUGCAGUGCAGUGCACUGCGGGGCGCCACACGCAAGGGCGGCGCCCGGCUCGGCACCUGCGGCUGCGCGGUUGAGGGGGCGGCCGUGUGUGGCAGCGACCGACGGACCUACCCCAGCCUGUGCGCGCUCCGCGCGGAGAACCGCGCCGCGCGCCUCCGGGGCGCGCUCCCGGCCGUGCCCGUGCAAAAGGGCCCCUGCGGUGAUCCAGGAAUCCAGAGCGCGGGCCUGCUCCGGAGCGAGUACAACUUCAUCGCGGCGGUGGUGGAGAAGGUGGCGCCGUCUGUAGUGCACUUGGAGCUGUUCCGCAGGUCACCUCUCAGCAGCCAGGACAUUUCUGUAUCCAGUGGCUCUGGGUUCAUAGUGUCUGAGGAUGGGCUCGUUGUCACCAACGCUCACGUUAUCACUAACCAGCAGCGGAUUCAGGUGGAGCUCCAGAGUGGGGCCCAGUAUGAAGCCACUGUCAAGGACAUUGAUCAUAGAUUGGAUCUGGCACUGAUUAAGAUUGAGCCAAACACUGACCUUCCUGUGUUACUCUUGGGAAGAUCAUCUGAGCUUCGAGCUGGAGAGUUUGUGGUUGCCUUGGGCAGUCCAUUUUCUCUGCAGAACACAGUCACGGCAGGAAUUGUCAGCACUCCACAGCGAGGAGGCAAAGAGCUGGGGCUGAAGGAUUCAGACAUGGACUAUAUCCAGACCGAUGCCAUAAUUAAUCACGGGAAUUCUGGGGGGCCUUUGGUGAACUUGGAUGGAGAUGUGAUUGGCAUAAAUACACUGAAGGUGACUGCGGGAAUCUCCUUUGCAAUCCCCUCAGAUAGAAUUAGACAGUUCUUGGCUGAAUACCAUGAACGCCAGUUGAAAGGAAAGGCUCUGUCACAGAAGAAAUAUCUAGGUCUGCGAAUGCUGCCCCUCACUAUGAACUUACUUCAAGAAAUGAAAAGACAAGAUCCAGAUUUCCCCAGUGUGAGUUCUGGGGUUUUUGUAUAUGAAGUGAUUCAAGGAACAGCUGCUGAAAGCUCAGGGUUGAGAGACCACGAUGUAAUUGUCAGCAUAAAUGGGCAACCUGUCACUACGAUGAAUGAUGUAACUGAAGCUGUUAAGAACAAUGAUUCCCUUUCCAUUACUGUUCAUCGAGGAAGUCAAAUUUUGUUCCUGACAGUCACACCUGAAAUAAUCAAUUAAGUAUCUUGCUUUAAAGAGAGGUUACCUAACAAAACUAAACUUAUAUUUACCUGGUUUGCAUUGAAGAUCUGGCAAAGAUGGCAAGGGGUUUUAGGAUCUCUUUCUUAUAAAAAAAGAAAGGAUGUUUUGAACACAUACAAACACACACGUGUGAGUGUAUCAGGGAUCACUAGGUAGGGAGUGCUGUGUUGCUGUUAAGAAGCCUUACUAAACUAAAUGGAAGAAGGACAUGGUGCCACAAGUCUGGGGAACUGAUAAAAUUUUAUUUAAAAAUAGGAAGCAACUAA